CUUUCAUGUCGGUAAAUACUACUAGCGCAUCAAAGUAGGUCACAUUUUAACCGACUUUACAGGAUAGGAGAAUCGGUAAGAUGAAUUCCAAGAUAAUAUUUUUAUUUGUUCUUGCCUUCGUCUGCUACGCACAUGCUAGGUCGACAAAAGGCACCAAACGUUGUUGUCCCUGUUGUCCACCUCCUCCACCACCACCACCACCAGUUCAACAGGUCGCUGGACCACAGGGACCACCCGGACAAUCUGGAUGUUCUGGUCCCCCAGGAGCUCCCGGAUGCCCAGGAUGGAAAGGAUGCCCAGGACCAGUCGGUCUCCCAGGACCUCCUGGUGCCCCUGGACCUCUCGGACCAAUAGGACCAAUGGGACCUAAAGGAUGCGCUGGAAGCCCAGGCCUCCCCGGUUGCCCCGGACUCAAAGGAUGCCCAGGAUGUGCCGGUCCACCAGGACCUCCAGGAGCUCCUGGACCUCAGGGAGUUCCCGGAGCCGCUGCCCCAGUCCCAUGCCCACCUCCACCACCUACUCCAUGCUGCCCUGCUCCCGCAUGCUGCAAGCACAAGAAGACGCCAAAAGGGCACGGGAAACCACAUCAUUUGCACAAGUAAACCAAGAGAAGCAAAGAGUUAGACAAUUACAUUAAAAAAAAAAGGUUUGAUUGUUUUAAAGCUUUUUAAUCAUGAGAUGAACAAGUAUCACUUUUCUUUUCCUUUUUCGCGAGCAUACACUCUUGGACUAAUUGGGUUUUUUGUUUUACCUUUCAGUGUUUUACUUAAAAAAAAAAACAGUUGAACAGCAAAUGCAUGCUGUAGAACUUGAAUUCUGGGGAAAAAACACGGCAGCAAGGAUGUAAAACACGAUGUCUGAGUACAGUUAAUAAACAAAGGAAAAAUGAGA